AUGGAAGAUGAGAGCUACAACAAUUUGCCAAAUGGGGUCAGCACAGGAAGCCCUGAAAGCCCUUGCUUAAAGAUAUCAAGCAGCAGCAGCAGCAGCAACAACAAUAGCAAUAACAAAGAACAAGAUCGCUUUCUGCCUAUAGCCAAUGUGGGAAGAAUCAUGAAGAAAGUGAUGCCUGCGAAUGGAAAAAUCUCAAAGGACGCUAAAGAGACAGUUCAGGAAUGUGUAUCAGAGUUCAUCAGCUUCGUCACGGGGGAAGCCUCUGAUAAAUGCCAAAGAGAGAAGAGGAAGACCAUCAAUGGGGAUGAUAUCAUAUGGGCAAUCACGACCCUAGGGUUUGAGGAUUACGUGGGCCCUUUAAAAUGUUAUCUCCAGAAGUACAGAGACAUAGAAGGAGAGAAGCUUAAUAUUCCAAAACAACAACGUUCUGAACAUAGGCUACACCACCACCAUCACCACCAAGACCAAACAAAUAAUAGUAAUAACAAUAAUAAUUUACCUUUAAGUAGUGUAUAUUCUUCCGCAAAUCGAAUUUCUCAGCCUCCCUAUGUGCCCACUGGCCAGCCAUAUUCCCUGCCUUUCUCUCCUAAUUCUAUCAAACAGGACCAGAUAGAUUCCGUGGGGCACUGGUAAAACCCAUAUAGUCCUAUUUUCGAGGAAAUUUUCAAUCUGCUUGUUAUAGAUAGGUAUACAUGUAUGAAAUAUUUUGUUACGUUUACGUGAAUUAAUACUUGAACAAAAACAAG